AUGUCGCUUUAUUAUGAGGCCGCCGCCUUUCUGGAAAAUGCCGACAACGUGGGCGGCUCGUUGACGUCGCGCAUCUAUGGCAAAAAAGGCCUGAAGAGCCGUCCGGCCGCCAUCUACGCUCUCAUCACUGAAGCCACAAAAUGGUCGGCCGCCCUGAAAGACGUGGUAGAGAGAAGUGAUGUUCUGAAGCUGGAGAGGAAGCUCACUCCGCUCCUCGCAACACUCCUAACACAUGACCUUCUGCUCUCCAAAGGCGGCGUCGCCGCACCAGCGAACCAUCCGCUGCGCCUCGCCAUAACACGGCACAAGGCGCGCCUCGGCGCGGAGCUGACCAAGCUGCGCGUCAAGCGGGGCUUCAGCAGCAUCGACGCCUUCCGGCAGUACGUGAACGCGCACUCAGGCUCAGCCGAGGACGCGCCCGGCACGGCCAAGGAGCCCGAGCACCCGCGUUGGGUGCGCGUCAACGCGGUGCGCACGACGCUGGCGAAGCAGCUGCACGGCACCUUUGCCGAGUGGAAGCAGGACGCCAGCCUCGCGGAUGUCAUGGCCGCGAAGGCCGGCGCCAGAGUGCUGCAUCUCGACGCGCAUAUCCCGGACUUGCUUGCCCUGCCGCCGCGGACCGAUCUGUCCAAGUCUCCGGCAUACCGUGCUGGCGAGCUCAUCAUCCAGGACAAGGCGUCUUGCUUCCCGGCGUACCUGCUCAAUGUGCAGCCCGGCGAUGGAGAUGUCAUUGACGGCUGCGCCGCGCCGGGCAACAAGACGACGCAUCUGGCGGCGAUUGUGAGCAAGUUCGGCAAAAAGCAGCAAAAGCAGCAGCAGCAGCAGCAGCGCAUCUGGGCGUGCGAGCGCGACAAGCGCCGCUCAGGCAUCCUGGAGAAGAUGGUGCAGCUCGCGGGCGCCGAUAAACUCAUCGCCAUCAAAGCCAGCCAAGACUUCAUGGACCUGAAUCCCAAAGACGAGGCGGUCAGCGCCGUCGGCGCCAUUCUGCUCGACCCCAGCUGCUCGGGCAGCGGCAUCGUCGGCCGCGACGACGACGUCAAGCUCGUGCUGCCGAGCGCUAGUACAAACAACAGCAGCAACGGCCACGCAAACGCACGCGGCAAGAAGCGCAAGCGCAACCAGUCCCAGACUCAGGCGCAAGUCCAGGACCAACCCACCACGACCAUCACCGCAGACGAGCCCGCCCUCCCCCUCGAGGAAGAAGAAACGCCCGACGACGCCGCCGGCUCCUCCUCCGACGCACAGCACCACGCGCGCCUCAUCAGCCUCGCCUCCUUCCAGCUCAAGAUCCUCCUGCACGCAAUGCGCUUCCCCGCGGCGCGCAAGCUCACGUACUCGACGUGCAGCAUCCACGGGAUCGAGAACGAGGGCGUCGUGCUGAGCGCGCUGCGCUCGGGCGUAGCGCUGAAGCGGGGCUGGCGGCUGCUGAGAAGGGAGGAGCAGGUUGAGGGGAUGCGCGCGUGGGGCGUUAGGGGCGAGCGAGGCGCUUGUGAGGAGUGGGUGGAAAGGGAGGGGGAGGGUGUGGCGUUGGGGGAGGUCGAGGGGAGGGAUGUCGCGGACGCGUGCUUGAGGUGUCGCAAGGGGACGGAGGAGGGGACGAUGGGCUUUUUCGUUGCGGCGUUUGUGAGGGAGGGGGAGGAUGGGGAUGCUGAGGGAGAGGGAGAGAGAGAGGGAGGAGAAGACGAAGGCGACGAGGACGAGGACGAGUGGAGCGGCUUCAGCGAUGGUGAUUGAAUGAGUGGUCACUCACUGUCUGUAUCUUCACCACUUUUCCACCACAAUCCCACCACAAGCACACGUCAAACCCCUCAAUCAAUCAACCCCUCAAUCAGUCAAUCACAGACACACACAAACCGCAACCACUCUUACCCAUCUAGCCAACACAGUGAGUGCAGUCGACGUCAAACAUUGAGCAUUUCCAGGGACAGGGGGGGGGUUCGGGAAGGAUUUCGAAAUUCACGGGGGCCCCUGUUCGAUGUUGUGGCGGAAUGGCGCUAGGGCUUUUGGGCUAGCGUGGUGGGGUGUGGGGGGCCUAGGGUUUGGAGGGUCUGACAUGACAGUGACAUCUGCCAUAUCGCGGAUACCUUAGGUAGGUAGUGGAGUAGACGGAUAAAUGGAGAGAGGAUACGGGG